UAUUUAAUAAGUGCCCAUCAUGCCUUCAUUGACGCCACCACUACUAGUGAAGACAAAAUAUGUAAAGAUAUCAAAAUAUUUUGUCCCACCUCUAUGGAAGACAUUUAAAGAUAGACCUCCCGUUCUCAAAAAUAAUGUGUCUGCCAAAAAAGAAAAAUCAAAAGUUGCACCUUGUGUUGAAGAGAUGUCCCUAAUGUUCUCUUGUUGGAAGAACCAUGACUUUGAGACAAAACGCUGUCAAAAAGAAAUAGAAGCUUUCAAUAAAUGCUACUCAGAAGCAAAUCUCAUACAAAAAGAAAAACUAGAAUUAGAAGCCAAGGGACUUAUAGGAACAAAAGGAAAGGCCACCUCUAAACAAAUUAAUUCUCUAUUAGCAAAGUACCCUACACCUACCAGUUGACAAGCAGUUACAUAAUAGAUUUAAGUUUUAUACUCUUGAUGGAUUUAUAGAUGGCAGGACAGUUAAUAUUAUAGAGAAACUGUGUUGAAGUGAGUGAUAAACAAUUACAAAAACGUUUCUACCGGAUACAAAUAGAUGUCACACAAUGUUCCAAGAUAGGUGCCAAAGUGAAUGACCAGUAUCUUUUAACAAGAAUUUAUAUAGCCACCAUUUUUUUAUGAUAAGUUAUGAACUCAAUAUUUUAUCAGAGCUAAAUACAGUAAACAAUGGCCUGAAUGACUAAUAUAGAUGGUGGGGCACAGUACUAGUGUUAUUUUGGAAUUCCAUUUCGAAUUGCAUAACAUAAAAUGCAAUUAAAAAGGUUUAUAUGGUAUUCCUGGUUUUAUACAUAACUUAAACUUAAACUAGAAAUUAACCUCAACUCCUUUGUUCCAAAUCAUCAAACAAAUAAAUUACAUAGUAUGUAAACAUAA